AGCACCCAUGGCCAGCAGCGUUGAGUUCUCGCGAGACUUGCUCACGUUACUACAUCACAGGUGCCAACCUGCUAACAGGACAACCAAAUGGAUUUAAUUUUUUGAGAAAAUGUUUCAUUUAUCUCAUGUUGGCCAGUGAAAAGACGUGGUUGCCGACUGGUGUGACUACCAAACAGUGAGUUUCUUACUGUUGCAUGUACACAAUUGGCGUUAGUGUUAGCCUGGAGGGGCUAAUACAGCUCCGUAUCAGCCCAUCUGUGUACUUUUCUCACACGGAUCAUGUUUAUUUAUCAACGUUUUACUUCUGAACAGUGAUUGAGUUACACCGUGAGCUGGAUUUAUUAAAGCUACAUCGACUUUCUUCUGUGCUUAUAAUUAUAGCAGUAACAUUUGCUAAGGAGAUAACAGGUUAUCAUUACGCUGGGAUGUGAAGAGGGGUUUAAAUCCCACAAUAAUGUAUUGAUAAAAUAAGCACAUGGCGUAAAAAAGCGAUGGGCCAUGGCAAUGUUUCGUGGCAGUAUUUAGAUGUCAGAGUGAGGGAGUCCUUCUGCUGCCUUUUCGGGCCAGCUAGUUAAAAAUACAGCUGUGUCAGUCAAUUUCAGAUAAACAAAAAAGGGGUAAUUUAAACAAAGAAACAUGGAGCCUGUGAGGAGUGUUUUCCACGCUCAGCUGGCCAGCGUCAUGGACUCACUGCUGGCUGCAGCUGUGUGCGAGAUCGCCAAGAUCUUUGAGAGCUGCCUGUGCGAGCAGCAGGCAGAGCUGGCGCAGAAGAGCAGGGAGAUGAGCAUCCUCCGGGGGAGGCUGGAGACGGAGAGGAGGCAGAGAGCCGAGGGGGAUUCAGCAGAUGGAGAGGGCAGCCCCACCACAGGAUCAGGUCUGAAUGUGGGAAAUGAUGCAUCUUGUCAUGCAGACUCAGUGGAAGGACCCAGUCCCAGUAAGCUGAAAGAGGAGGUCGUGGGUCUAGACAGAGUUUCCAUAAAACACGAGUGUGCUACAUCACAGUCUGCAGCUGGAUCUGCAACAGCCCAAGCUCCAGAGGGAGGACUUGCUGCUGAGGAUCAGAGGAGAAUUGACGGCCUGCCUGCUACACAAACCAAGAACAAACCAUCUAACUGGAAUCAGAGUAGUCGCAGUACAGACCUUAGUGCUCCACAGGAUCAAGCUUCUGCUCCUUUUCUCUCCAUCUCUGAAAGUGGACAAUGCUCCCCUAGAUCUGAUCCCAGCCUACCUCAAUCAGGAGACUGGUUGUCAGGGCUGGACACCACGCGUGGUGGUGUUUUGGCUCUUGAGAACCUGCAGGCAGAUGGCAGUAGCUGCUCUGCUCCAGCUAGCAGUGGCACCAGCUCAGACCCAUCCUGCUUCCGAGCUGCUUUUGCAUCAGACGAGGCCAGCGACGAAGAUAACGAAAGCUCUUUUCCGUUCUUGGACCAGGAGCAUGAGAACCAAAACUCCAAUCAGAACUCAGCGCAGGGUCGAGCAGUAGGCCGGAGUGGAAUUCAGGAUGAUCCUCCUCAAGCCCCCUCCGGUGAAUUGGCAUGGCGAACCAGAGGAGAUGGGGAUGGGAGGAGCCCCAUUAAUCGCACACGGCGAGUCACAAAUUUUGGUGACAGAGACCUUCUGCGACCACAAUCAAAUUCCCCAUUGAUCACGUUACGACACACUAACACUCUUGGCCACCCUACAGCUUCGGGUGGAGGUAAUGGACGGCCUUACACCUGUCCAUACUGUACAAGAUGCUUUGCCUACCCCUCACAUCAGCGCAGACACCUGUUACGCCACACAGGAGUCAGACUUCAUCCCUGUCAGUUUUGUGACAAAAGCUUUCUCACUCCAUCUGAGCUCACUGUGCACACUCGCACACAUACAGGGGAGCGGCCUUUUGCUUGUGCUCAGUGUGGUAAGCGUUUUGCUCGCAGUGGCAACUUAAGAGCACACCAGCGGGACGUUCAUAUGGGAAAGAGACCCUUUGCUUGUACAGAAUGUGGAAAAAGAUUUGCCCACAAGGGGAACCUGAGGGUGCACAAUCACAGAGUCCAUCAGGGAGAUCCCUACUUCAUAGAGGACCAGCCGGAGCCUGACAUGGGUGCAAAUACCCCUUAAAAAUCUUUAAAUGUUCCUAAAUUAGGUUCUGGGGAAACUAAAACUUUUUAAUAAUCAGUCUGUGCUUUCCAAUGAGAUGCAAGGCAACUGCACUCUAUUUACAUAAGAUAAAUCAUUUGUUUCAAUGAAUAUACAUUUGUCUUGAUUGUAUUUAUUUGUUCUGAUCCCACAUCAAAAUGACAGAUUACAGAAAAUACUAUUUUUCCCCUUACACCUUUAAUGUAAAUAAUUGGUUGUAAUUUAUGAAUGACCAGUAGCAUUUUCACUGUUCUUAUAAAGAGUAUAAGAUUCAAUUUCAAUUCAAUUUUAUUUAUAUAGUGUCUAAUACAACAAAAGUUGUCUCUAGGGGCUUUCCAGAGACCCAGAACAUGAACCUGAGCAGUUAUUACAUAAACAAUGGCAGGUAAAAACUCACCUAGUGGGAGGAAAAACCUUAAGCCAAACAGUGACAAGAAAAAAACUCCCCUGUAAGAGGGAAGAAACCUCAAACAGGACCUGGCUCAUAAGGGGACCGUCCUGCUGAAGGCCAGCUGGGCAGAGCAAACAGAUAGAGAAUGAAGAACAGAGAACAGAGAGACACAGACACAAUGGCUAACUGGUGCUCUACAGGGAUGACUAUAUAAACAGAUGUAGCAGACAUCUACACAGAAGGUGGAAGCAGCAGGGGGAUGAUCAGAGGGGGGGGACUGCAGGUCAGCAUGCAGCUCCUGAAGCUCCAACCUACAAAAGUGCAGAAGAGAAAAGGGGGGGCAGACCAGCACAACAAACUAUGAGAACAAUGAUGGUUAUGAAAUACUUAUAAUUAAUAAAUGAGAAAGGAAGAGGAGAGAAGGAAGGGUGAUGGUCCCCGCCCAGUGCAUCAUGUUGGUGCCCCCCUGCAGCAUAGGCCUGUAGCAGCAUAUCUACAACGAAGCUAUGUUUGAGGCAAACUAUUAUAGUAUUCUUCUAUAGCUGCAGCUGUAUACUGGCCCUACCACACUACAGUUUACACUAACUAUAAGCUUUACUAAACAGAAAUGUUUUAAGUUUGGUUUUAAAGGUGGAGAUGGUGUCAGCCUCCUUAACCCAGAUUGGAAGUUGGUUCCAUAGUAAGGUUCCUGUUAGCAGAACGCCCGCCCUCCAAAUCUACAUUUGGAUACUCUAGGAACUACGAGUAAACCUGCACUCUGAGAACGGAGAGCUCUGCCAGGAACAUAAGGCACUAUCAGGUCUUGCAAAUAUCGCGCAGCUAAGCCGUUUUGGGCUUUAUACGCAAGUAAUACAAUUUUGAAUUGGAAUCUGAAUUUUACGGGUAGCCAAUGGAGCGACGCUAACACUGGAGAGACGUCUCUUGUUGAUUCCUGUCAGUACUCGCGCUGCUGCAUUUUGGAUCAGAUGGAGCCUAUUCAGACAAUUACUUUGACAUCCUGCUAAUAAUACAUUACAGUAAUCUAGUCUAGAAGAUACAAAUGCAUGAAUUCGCUUUUCCGUAUCACUCUGCGAGAGGAUGUUCCUAAUCUUUGCGAUAUUAUGGAGAUGGAAAAAUGCUAUUUUACAAACCUGAUUGACAUAUGGUUUAAACGACAAAUCCUGAUCGAAAACAACACCAAGGUUUCUCACAGUUGCACUGGAAGCCAUCGCAACACCAUCUAAUCCCUUCCUAAGAUGCUUUGGACCAAAAAUAAUUACCUCUGUUUUAUAGGAAUUUAGAAGCAAAAAAGGUCCGCACAUCCAGUCCUUGAUGUCCCUAAGAAAUGCCUGAAGUUUAACUAAUGGUUCUUUUUCAUCUGGCUUCAUAGACAAAUAGAGCUGCGUAUCAUCAGCAUAAUAAUGAAAAGUGUAUGCCGUGAUUCUGGAUUAUACUUCCCAAGGGCUGCAUGUAUAAACUGAACAAGAUUGGCUCUAGCACUGAACCCUGCGAGACACCGUAGCCGCGUUGCAGACUCUCGUCUGUUCUGAAGAAACCUCAUGUACAUGAACAAACUGGAACCUGUCAGAUAGAUAUGAUUUAAACCAACGUAGAGCUGUCCCUUUAAUCCCAACAACAUGCUCUAACCUAUGCAGUAAGAUACCAUGAUCUACAGUCUUUAGGGGCUUUCCAGAGACCCAGAACAUGAACCUGAGCAGUUAUCAAAAAGCAGCAGUGUCAAAAGCAGCACUGAAGUCCAGUAAAACCAGUAUGGACACUACUCCCUUAUCUGAAGCCAUAAGAAGGUCAUUCGUGACUCGAAUCAGUGCUCUUUCUGUGCUAUGAUGCACUCUGAACCCUGACUGAAAAACUUCAAAUAGAUCAUUUCUAUACAAAUGGUCACAUAACUGGCUUGCAAUGACCUUUUCCAGAAUUUUAGAUACAAAUGGAAAGUUGGGAAUUGGUCUAUAAUUAGCUAAAAUGUCUGGGUCAAGAGAAGGUUUUUAAGUAAAGGUUUAAUUACUGCAACUUUGAAAGGUCUCUGUCUUACAAUCGUGUCCUUUCCUUGUCAAUAAAAACAACAAUAGCAACUACUAAUUCAAGAUCAGGUUGACAUCAGACUUAGACAUGGUAUGCAGCAGCUUAAAACAUCCCCAAAGUAGUGCUUAUGUUUUUCCUGGCAAACAAACAAAACAACUUUAUCUUCACUGUGCUGUGAAAUUAAAAUUUGUGUUGUUUUUUUUAGUGAUUGUCAGCAAUACUGUUUAAAAUACCCUGUUUUCUAUCCUAUUUUGUGAAAUUAAAAAAUGUUGAUUGAACAUUGUUGCAUUGCUUUUAAUCAGACACCAGGGGGCAUCAUCAACACAGAAAAGGUUUGCAAAAAUGUCAGAGACAAGUUUAGAUUUCAGAUACAAGACCAUCUUACCGUGUUUUACCGUUGAGAGAUACCUGAUAUUUUUGUGAUAAUUGCUGCCUCUGUGCCAUCACCUGUUCUCUCAUGAAUGACUUGAAAACAUGUGCUUAUCAAGGUUAAAGAAGUGACUCAUGGCUUCCUGUU